AUGGAGAGCAUAAACCCAACAUCGGCGCACACACCGCACGGCAGCGAGAGCAGCUCCUCGCCUUACCACGAGCACCCCCUCUACCCCGUCGCAACCGCCGACGAAAGCGACCAGGAGCGAUCCCUCCUGCACCGACGCACCUCGACCUCCAGCCCCGACACCAACACCAACACCCCCUCCAUCUCCCCCUUCAUCGAGCAGCACUCUCCCACAGAGUCCGACCAGCGGCGCUACACCCUGCACGACCCGGGCUCCGGCUUCGCCAGCUACGGCGCGCCCCAGCUGGACCCAUCACCGUCACCAUCAUUGUCAAGCCGAAGCCAGAGCCAGAGCCAGACAAAGCCACGCAUCCACGGCAACAGCUCGCUCCGCCGCUACGGCACCCGCAAGAUCAACCUCGUCAAGGGCACCGUCCUGAGCAUCGACUACCCGGUGCCCAGCGCAAUCCAGAACGCCAUCCAGCCGGAGUACCGGUUCGCCGAGGAGGCGUUUGCAGAGGAGUUCACGCAUAUGCGGUACACGGCCGCAACAUGCGACCCGGACGAAUUCACGCUGCGCAACGGGUACAACCUGCGCGCGGCCAUGUACAACCGGCACACGGAGCUGCUGAUCGCGGUGACGUACUACAACGAGGACAAGGUGCUGACGGCGCGGACGCUGCACGGCGUGAUGCAGAACAUCCGCGACAUCGUGCGGCUGAAGAAGUCCGAGUUCUGGGAGAAGGGGGGCCCGGCGUGGCAGAAGAUCGUGGUGUGCGUGAUCUUUGAUGGGAUCGAGCCGUGCGAUAAGAAUACGCUGGAUGUGCUGGCUACCAUUGGGGUUUACCAGGAUGGGGUGAUGAAGAGGGAUGUGGAUGGGAGGGAGACGGUGGCGCAUGUGUUCGAAUACACAACCCAGCUCUCCGUCACAUCCACGCAACAACUGAUCCGGCCCUACGCAAACGACCCGACCAACCUCCCCCCGGUCCAAAUGAUCUUCUGCCUGAAGCAAAAGAACAGCAAGAAGAUCAACUCGCACCGCUGGCUCCUAAACGCAUUCUCCCGGAUCCUCAACCCCGAAGUAAUCAUCCUGCUGGACGCCGGCACAAAGCCAGGCCCAAAGUCCCUCCUGGCACUCUGGGAAGCCUUCUACAACGACAAAACACUCGGCGGCGCAUGCGGCGAGAUCCACGCCAUGCUCGGGCCCCGCUGGCGCAAGGUCCUCAACCCACUCGUCGCCGCCCAGAACUUCGAGUACAAGAUCUCGAAUAUCCUCGAUAAACCGCUUGAAGCAGCAUUCGGGUACGUCUCCGUCCUACCAGGCGCAUUCUCAGCGUACCGCUACCGCGCAAUCAUGGGGCGGCCAUUAGAGCAGUACUUCCACGGCGACCAUACACUAUCCGCACGGCUCGGCAAAAAGGGCGUGGAGGGGAUGAACAUCUUCAAGAAGAACAUGUUUCUCGCGGAGGACCGGAUCCUGUGCUUUGAACUUGUGGCCAAGGCCGGCUUCAAGUGGCAUCUGGGGUACGUCAAGGCCGCGAAGGGCGAGACGGACGUGCCCGAGGGCGCGGCGGAGUUCAUCAACCAGCGGCGGCGCUGGCUGAACGGCAGCUUUGCGGCGAGCCUGUAUGCGAUCAUGCAUUUUGGGCGCAUCUAUCGGAGCGGCCAUAAUCUGCUGCGCGUGCUGUUUCUGCAUGUCCAGAUGCUGUAUAAUGUCGUGCAGCUGGUCAUGACGUGGUUUUCGCUGGCGUCAUACUGGCUCACCAGCUCGGUCAUCAUGGACCUCGUCGGCACGCCCAGCACGCAUAACAAGGAGAAGGGCUGGCCGUGGGGCAACACGGCCUCGCCGGUCGUCAACACGUUUGUGAAGUACGGGUAUCUGUGGGUGCUGAUGCUGCAGUUUAUGCUGGCGCUGGGGAAUCGGCCGAAGAGCGUGGUAAUCCCCUACACCCUCUCCUUUCUCUACUUCGCGCUCGUCCAACUCUACGUGCUCAUCCUCUCCUUCUACCUCGUCGCCUCCGUCUUCACCGGCGGAAUGAUGGACUUCGAUCUGGACUCCGGAGUCUCCGCAUUCCUGUCCUCCUUCUUCAGCUCAACAGGCGGCGGAAUCGUGCUCAUCGCACUGGCCUCCACGUACGGGAUCUACGUGCUCGCGUCGCUGCUGUACAUGGACCCGUGGCACAUCCUAACGAGCUCGUGGGCGUAUUUCCUCGGGAGCACGACCUCCAUCAACAUCCUGAUGGUCUUUGCCUUCUGCAACUGGCACGAUGUCUCCUGGGGCACGAAGGGCGCUGAUACGGCGGAUAAGCUGCCGUCUGCGACGACGCAGAAGGAUUCGGUGGGUGACGGCGGGCAUUUCAUUGAGGAGGUUGAUUUGCCGCAGGCGGAUAUUGAUUGUCAGUUUGAGCGGACGGUGAAGAGGGCGCUGGAGCCGUGGGUUGAGGCUGAGGGGGGUGAGAAGCGGAGUGCUGAUGAUAGCUACAAGAAUUUCCGGACGGGGUUGGUGUGUCUGUGGGUGUUUAGUAAUUUGCUGCUGGCGCUGAUGAUGACGGCGACGGGGGUGGAUAAGAUGUGUCUUACCAAUACGUCGACGACGAGGACGCAGGGGUUCUUCCAGGUCAUUCUGUGGAUUACGGCGGGCUUGUCGCUGUUUCGGUUUGUUGGGAUAUUAUAG